UGCAGAUUGUAUCUUAAACAUUUUCCUGUUUGUUCCUUCAGCCAUAUUUUAAAACUCUGCUUGCAUAUCGUUUUGUCAUUGAAAUCAUGUCCAUCAUGUUUCGUCUUCGUCUUGGACGUAUCGAAAUCAUGUACAUUUGUUGCCUGAUCCUUUGGAAUAUGAUACUGUUAACCAAUACAUGUAUGCCGGAUCUACAAUAUGGAAAACGUCUGCUGGGAUCAACGUUUAAGAUCAUCGAGAAUUCAGCUCUGUUCGUCUGUGCUGCUGAAUGUGCCUCUUAUGGGAUAUGCAAAUCCUUCCAUUUUGAAUUGGGCCUAAGAUUGUGUCAUCUGAAUGGUUUCGAUGAUCUGCAAUAUUUGGAAGGUGGCGGGAAAGCGGCUGACUUCAUAUACAGUUCAACUGUGAACUGGAACAAGACAACACUUGGCCCUUGUCAGAAAAGGUCCUGUGGAAUCAGGAGGAAGUGCACUAUGAAGAAAAAUGGCACCGUGAAAUGUGAGGAAUUUCUACCUAAUAUUGCAAAAGAUAAACCAGCAAGUGCAAGUUCAGUAUGGUCGGAUGCUAGAUUCCAACCAGGUUUUGCUGUGGACGGUGAUGGCAAGACUGGAUCCUGUUUUGUUGGAAAUUCCGGUGAUUUCUCACCCUGGUGGCAGGUGGACCUUCAGGACACCUAUGUCGUUGUGGAAGUUCGUGUCACUAACAGAGAAGAAUUUAGACCUGAACGACUUCACGACUUUAGUAUCGACGUGUACCAAGAUGACCCUGUUGGAAACCCUAGUGUCACCCCACAACUGUGUUACAUGUACAAUGGAGCCGUGACAGAGCCUGGCAAGACAGUUGCCUUACGGUGCACUUCACGCGUUACUGGCCGCUACAUGAGACUUAGUGGAAAGAAAACCAUUAACGGAGAUGAUCUUUUGCAGUUUUGUGAAGUCCAGGUCUUUGGCUUCAAGCCUUUGCAAUGAACACCACUGUCGGUGAGAACAGUUCAGUUUUGCAAUCAGAGAUGUAUCGCCAUCGAUUUAAAGGAGAAUACUAACGUAAUUGUAUUUUUUGAUAUUUUGAAAAAAAAACAUCCUAAAGGUCACCUUCCGUUCACGAGACAC